GUUCCAGCACUAGCUAGCAACAGGCAACGGAAUUCGAAACGAGGACGGGUUGGUUUUCGACAGGCAAAGUAAUUUCAAAGUUCGAGUAAACGGGAAGAGAAGCCAUGGCGGGCAACCUCCAUCUUCUUUUCUUAUCUUUAAUCUUCGGAAAUAAAAGUUUUCUAGUUGUAGCACAGGGAACAGCUAAUGCUUUGCCUCAAUGCAACGGUUUCGGUAACCAGUUGAUCGUCCCUCUGCAUACAACAAACCUAAUGGAGUGUGUGUGGCAGGUGACCGCCCCUCCAGGGCGGCACGUCAAGCUUAAUAUCUUAUUCAUGCAGACAGAUGAACACGAAGAGAUCGCCGUCUACGACCACGGGACGUCGACCGAUGACCAGUAUCUCGUGUCUAGUAUUCGAGGGAUGCUCUUAAGCAGCUCGUCAGGGAACAUGGUGUCGUCAGGAGCAGGGUUAACGGUGCGAUACACUGCCGACCAAGAAAGUCAAAACCCAGGAAUUCGCUUCUUCGCCCAUACCACGUUCGUAUCAGAUAUCUCGGGAAACGAGCUUGGUUGCGGAGGGCGUAUUGAACUGAACGGAAACACCGUACUCGAGGCCCCUUACAACAACCACCUAAGGCCCUUCAUAGGAGGAGGAUACAUGUCUUGCGUGUGGACUGUAGUGGCACCAGAUAACCGCAGAGUCCGAGCGACGUGGACAAGAGUAGAUACAUUGGAUGAAAGAGUCGGCAUCUUCGACCAUGAAACGCUUUCCGAUGACCACGAGGUAACGCGACUCCAAGGCCUGAUCGACUGGCGAAUGCCUGCCUUCACAUCGAACGGUAAUGUCAUCGUCGUGUAUCUUAGGCAAGACGCCUUCCAAAUCGCCAUCGGAAAUGGAUUUAGUCUACAACUAGAACCAACAGACGGUAACAACGCCAAUCCUGGCUGCGGUGGCUCUAUCGUUCUUGCCGAAGGAACUUUACCAACAGCGAACAUCCGCUCACCAUAUGACCCGAAUCGUCCGGAGACUACAGGCUGUAGCAUAAUGUGCUGGUGGUUUAUCUCUGCUCCGUAUGGCUCACAGGUCCAGGUUGACAUCAAUGACCUCACGACGACCACGAACGAGAGACUGAGGAUCACCGAUGGGGCGACGCCUUCGGACAAUCCUUCGUUCGAGCGUACUUUCUCGGGUGCUGGCAUUGCAGGGGAAACACUGUUCUCCCAGGCUGGAGGCGUCACCAUUGCCCUUGAAGAUCUUUCUCCUGAAGGGCCGAAUGGACGUGGGUUUUCUCUGGAUGUCUCAAUUGCAGGACCGGGGUACUGCGAGAUCAUGGGUGACCCCCACUAUACAUCCUUUGACGGGAAGCGAUUCGACUUUCAGGGCGACUGCGAGUACACCCUGCUGAAACCGUGCUCUCCUGAAACCGACCGGUUACCCGACUUCCAUCUCUAUGGGAACAACGUGAGAUCAAGCCCUUCAUCAACAGUCUCCAUCCUCCGGCAGAUUUUCCUGACGUACAACGGUACGACCUUCUCCAUCGGUCAACCUUCGGGGAGGACUCUUCGUGUUGAUGGCCUCCAGGUCACGGCCCCUGUAAAUCAGAAUGGCGUGUCCAUUACCUACGCAUUCCCACUUAUAAUCAUCGAAACAGAAUUCGGACUCAGAGUAACAUACGACGGUUCUCACUUCGCAAAGGUGUAUCUCAGUCAAUCCUUCUACGGUAAGACGUGUGGCUUGUGCGGAAAUUUUGACGGCAACCCUGAUAAUGACUUUACACUGCCAGAUGGGACAGUGACCGAUGACGUCAACCUCUUUGGGUUCAAGUGGAGUACAAACGAGGACUUCUGUGUCUUGAGUUCUGACCCAACGGAUGAUCCUUGUAAGAGAGACACUGCCCUAGCCAACCGGAUAGAAAGGACUUGUUCAAUCUUCGAUCCCGAGCGGAAUGAAGGUAUCUUCGGAGACUGUUCAAACUUCGUUGAUCAUUUCAAUUUCUACACCUCGUGUCAAUUUGACCUCUGUUACACACACGAAAUGAACAAGGUCGUCUGUGCCAGCGUGCAGGAAUACAUAGUACUCUGCCAGGCCGGGAACCCUGGUGUUCUUAUUGGCGAAUGGAGAAACUGGAUUCAACAAUGUACUUUUGAUUGUCCCGAAGGGACGGGAUAUCGGAUGUGCGGAACGGCCUGCCCCAACACCUGUGCCGACCCCACCGCGGCCGACAACUGCCCUCGCCCCUGCCACGAAACCUGCCUAUGUCCCGAUGGCCUCAUGUUGGAUGGAGAGAAAUGCGUAGAACUUGCUGAUUGUGGAUGUACCUUGCCCAACAAUGUCUACAUUUCUUCUGAAGAAGUCUGGAUCACACCGGACACGUGCGAAGAAAGGUGCGACUGUCAAGGAGGGAUCUUGACGUGUCAACCACUAGGCUGUGGGGAUAAUGAGAUCUGUGCCGUGAGGAAUGGAGUCAGGGGAUGCUACUGUCAAGAUAACUACAUUCUCAAUCCGAGUGGAGAAUGCGUACGAGCUCCCGCUGUCUGCACGAUCUCCGGUGACCCACACUACCGGACCUUUGACCGGUUCUACCACCACUUCCAAGGUGAUUGUAUGUAUACCCUGGUAAAACCCUGUCAAGCCUCCGACCUCUUCCCGGACUUCCACAUCUGGGGUGACCCGGUCAAGACCCACCCAUCUGCCACUGUCUCCUAUCUGCGGAAGGUCUUUCUGCUUCUAAACGGCACAACGUACACGCUAGGACAAGGCAAGAGUUUCCUUGUGGACGGCGUGGCCCAAUCAAACAUCGAUUACCAGGACGGAUCCGUCCACGCUUGGGCGGAUCCUCGGUAUCUGACACUUGAGACGGAGUUUGGAGUCAGAAUUAAAUUUGAUGGAGGAUCUUUGGCAGAAAUAUCGGUUUCUUAUGAUUUUUGGAACAAUACCUGCGGACUCUGUGGUAACUUUGAUGGUAUCAGUACCAACGAAUACACAACAAGUGAUGGAACAUUGACAGGGAAUGUUGAUGAGUUUGGUAAUAGUUGGCAGACGGGUACCGAGGAAUGUCAGGGCAUAGAUACCCCUCAGAAUCCGUGUGACGUUGACCAAGACAUGAGAACAGCAGCUGCCCGAGCUUGUAGCAACCUCCAGAAUAUAAAUGGGCCGUUCCAGAACUGUUUGGACUUCGCGGAUCCGACGGACAUUUACACGUCAUGUCUUUUUGACGCAUGCGUGCUUGGUGCCGAUGACGACGCAGUGUGCGACCAUUACGAUCAGUACACAGGGACUUGCCAAGCACUUGGCCAACAGCCCGGCGACUGGAGGAGUUCUCUUGCACAGUGUGCCUUCCCAUGCCCGGAACUCCAGCUAUACAACCCAUGCGGCUCACCGUGCCCGGCGACCUGCGCCAAUCCGACGGCCCCUGAAAACUGUCAGGAAACAUGCAUCGAAACAUGCAGUUGUCCAGAUGGGUUGUUGCUCGAUGGAGAUAGUUGCGUCGAACCAGAUCGAUGUGGAUGUAGCUACGAGGGUUCAUACUAUCCGAAUGGUGCGACCUGGACUAGUGAAGACUGUUCGUCAUCGUGCUCAUGUGUGUCUAGGGAAGUCGUGUGCAAUGAUAAUUAUUGCCAUCCCGGCGAGGAGUGUGUUGUGGAUGCCCGAGGGGUACCUGGGUGUUACUGCCGUCGGGGACUUAGGCGCGUUGAUGGUGCUUGCGUAGGAGAGAUUCCACCAGCAGCAGAGAUCCGGGUCGUGUGCGACAAUGCGGUUAUGUCCGCCGGUGUGAAUGGAGAUAAUCUUAAUGAAAACAUUCAACCCAAUGACUUUCCUGUUGGAGGAGCGGUGUGCGGUGUGUUCACAUAUGGACCAACCUCGUUUACAUUCGAGAAGUUCUUUGAGUCCUGUGAGGCUCACAUUGCUGCGAUAGAGGGAGAAGGGAAUGACAUAAUCUUCGCUGAUGUCGCCACUGCGCCUCUGGAUGUAAUCACUGUUGGAGCAGCGAACCCGGAUGCGCGUACAGUCAUCUUCUGUGAAUUCCGACCACAGGAACAAUUGCUGCCUCGUCUCCUCGUACGUGAAUCCCGCCAACUCAGCGUAAAAAGUGGGCGGAGCUAAAUCGGAUUUUCGCGCCUAGCAACCCUGUUAGCAACGCCUGUUAGCAUUGUUUUGUUUAAUCUUCAUAAUGUCUGCGAUAUUAAAAUCCUAAAAACCAAUGAAAUCGUUAAAAUUUAGUAAGGCUGUGAAUGUUUAUCAUUUACAUUGACUAUCGGUGUACAAACUCAUACCGAAUUUUAAGACAAGUGUCGGUUAUAUUACGAAUUAUCAGUCAUUUUGAUGAGUGAUACAAAGUGCCAAAAUUUAUGAAAAUAUAUAGUAAAUUUUAUACAGCAUUUCAAAAUCCUUAUUUUCAAUAUCUUCAUAAUUGUUUAUUGUUUUAAAAACAUCUUAUUACAUUUAUUAUAAUUUUUGCGAACUGAUAACGUUGAUAGAUUACUGUUUCCUGGCUUUAUGAGGAAAUGGCAGGCCUUCAAAAUCAGGUCAGUUAAUUUUUGUUAUGUUUCUAAAAGAAAAUUGUUAGAUUCGAACUACUAUACCAACUGUUCGCCCGAAGGAGGGUUAUCAUCUCAUAUUGUUGUGUAAAUGAUACAUAAGAGUGUAGUAAUCCAUGUUAGAUAACAUUUUUUUCACGAUGAGUUUCGUAAUGAAGAGAAAAAAACAAGUUCAUUCUUAGCACGCGAGCCGCCGAAUGAUAAAUUUUAGCGUGCGCAGACGGGGCUGAUCCCUAGUGUGUCGGACGGGAUUAUCUAGUCCCAUACUGGUCAUGCUGGUGUCGGGUGGUAUAUUCCACCAACCUUUUCCCCUUGCGAUGACCACUGUGCAGUUUUAUAGUGCUUAAUGUUGAUACUCAAUCUGUGAAAUUAAUAGUUUACCGAUAUCUAAAAAUGCUCGGAAUAUACCUGACGAGAAUUAUUAUUUCUUUCCUGCAUGAAUUACAAAAAGUCAAUCCUUAGGUUAAGAAUGUGUAAUAUUGACUGCAUAUUUUUAAAAAUGAUAGAACUGUUAAGAUUUGGGAAAUAUUCUGUUAAGUUUGCCCAAUGUCAUGAGUAUCUCACUGUAUGUUAAACAGAUCAUAAGACAACUAUAUUUUGUAAAUUCCACGGCCGCCUCCACGAACCUAUGGGACAUGAAGACGACCUGCCGGCUCUAGCUGAUUUGUUAAAAUCAAAAUAAUGGCAAUAUUUACAACAAUUUGAAUCAUACAACUGCGAUAUUACCAGGCUCUCGUGAUUCGGUGGAUAGGCCCUAUAACCAUUGCAAGAAAGCAAAACAUCGGAUUUCGUAUAAUUACCCGGGCUGAUGGCCACUUUGCAAGAAAUUUCUCGUUAUUAGACUUUCGGCCAUGCAAUUUAAGCACUUAAAAAAAAAUCAGUAGUUUAUUAAUUUUAAGAAUUAAAAAAAAUGUAGUUUCUGUGUUGAAAACGGAGGGAAGAUUGGAGAGGCCUUUCGGCUCUUAUCACAAGUGAGGGGAGAGGUAUCACCAUGCAUGCACUUCCGGGAAUACGCCAAUGCGUGGACUUCCCUCCAACAGGCCCCUGAGGUCGAGGUUAUUUUGAAAGAGAGUGGGGGAAAAAAACACCCCCUUCUCCGGAGGCUUAUUAUAUUCACUCGCGUUCGUAAUCACUCGCGUUCGUAAUCACUCGCGUCGGGUUGGUAAUCACACGCGUUUUUGAUUUUUGGCGAUUUUUUUUUUUUUCGGUGCGAUUUUUUUUCUAAUGGUGUCUUCAAUGGGACAAACGUACUGGAAAAAUAAAAUGAAAUUGAAAUUUGAGUUUCGUUUUAUUUUAAGCUGGUAAGUGCCUUAAAUAAAACGUUCUCGACCACUGUUUUAAGAUAACAAGCAAAUUUUGACUACUGUUUUAACAUAAUCACAUUCCACAUCUUAAAUCUUAGAGCCAUAGGCGGCGGAAGCGGGGGGGGGGGCUCCCCCUAAAAAAGAGAGAGGGGGGGGGGAGAAAGGAAGGGAAAGAGGGAGAAAAGAGAAAGAAAGAAAAAAGACAGACAGAAAGAAAGAAGCAAGGAAAAAAGGAGAAAGAAAGGAGAAAAGGCUACUCUCGAUUUAGCUUUGCCUUUGGAGGAUUUUCCUGAAGUCUGUGGUAUUCUUUAUAAAGCAUAGUGAGGUGCUACAAUUUCAUAAUAUCACUAUUUAUUUGCUUCUUCCUUUCUUUGUGAAUUAUUCUACACUAACGUAAAAAUCAGGGAGGAAAAAAGUGCUGAAGAAGAAAAGCAAGAAGGAGGAGGAGAAGUAGAAGAAGAAAAAAGAAGAUGGAGGACAUAAGGGGGUAAAAAUAAAAUUAAAAAGAGAAAAUUGAGGAGAGGAUGUAGAAGAAGAGAAAGAGAAGAUAAAAUAAGGGGAAGACUGAGAAGAGAAAAGGAAGAAGUGAGAAGGGAGAUGAACAAUAAGGACAAAUACAGAGAAAUAAAAAAAAACAAAUACAGAGAAAUACAGAGAAAUUUAAAAGAAAAAAUACAGAGAAAUUAAAAAAAAAAAAAAAAAUGUUUGAAAAAAACUCCUCAAAACAGACUGCUGCCAGCUGUCUGGGCGGAUCAAGCUUGUUAUCUAUUCUUGGUACUUAAAACAGUAGUCGAGUACAUUUUAUUUUAAGGCACUUAAUUGCCGGCUUAAAACGAAACUCAAAUUUCCCUGCAUGUCUGUUUCAUUGAAGACACCGUUAAAAAAAAUCGCCAAAAAUCCAAAACGCGAGUGAUUACGAACCAGAACGCGACGCGAGUGAUUAUAAACUGCCUCUCCGGAUCCGCUUGAGACACCUGAACCCGGCUCCUCCUUCUUCCUCUUCUUCUGUAUAUACCAUCUCUUUAUCUUCCUUAUUUUUAAUAGUAAUUCCUGUUUUUUAUCGUGUGAAUAUUAAGAUUUUCCAUUUUAUCUUAUUAUAAUCAUUAUGAGAAUCCUACUAUAAGCUUUCGAGCUGCCCUGUUCAAGAUAAGUUAUUUUAAUGCUACUGUAUUUUGUUUUGGUGACUGUAUUCAAUACAGUCAAUAAAUUGAUUUUAUUAGCCAAUUUGGCAAAAAAAUCAAUUUAUCAACCAAUUAGUCAAUUUUCUGCUGGUCCCAUUAGCCCUAUUUUCAUCAAUCGAGUAUCUGCUCGGGGUC